CGACUUUCCACUCCUUUAUAUACUUGACCUCUUUUUUUUUUUUUUAAAAAAAAAAUAAUAAUAAUAUAAUGGCUUGGGCCAAUCGGAUCAAUACUGCAGUAGCACAUUCUAGAAUUGGUCGACAUUUCCAAUUGGAAGGUUCAGGUGCUCGACGAGAACGAAAGGGAACUCGUUUCUUGACAGAACUUCGUGCAGGUGUCACGAUUUUCUUUGCUAUGGCUUAUAUUAUUUCAGUGAAUGCAUCGAUCAUUAGUAGUAGUGGUGGUACUUGUGUUUGUCCAAAAACAGCUGAAGAUCCAGUUUGUGAUAAUGAUACUGCUUAUGCUGCUUGUGUAUUUGAUUUGAAACUUCAAAUGAUUAUGUCUACUACUAUUAUUGCUAUGAUUUCAAGUGUUUUGAUUGGUGUAUUUGCAAAUCUUCCUAUUGGUAUGGCUCCUGGUAUGGGUUUAAAUGCUUAUUUUACUUAUACUGUUGUUGGUUAUCAUGGAUCUGGCAAAAUCUCUUAUGAAACUGCUCUUGCUGCUGUAUUUAUUGAAGGUUUUAUCUUUUUGGUAUUAUCUAUUUUUGGUGUUCGACAAUGGUUUGCACGAAUCAUUCCUAUGAGUAUCAAGGUAGCUAUGGGAUGCGGUAUUGGUCUUUAUCUGUGUUUCAUUGGUUUACAAUCCUCUGCAGGUAUUGGUCUUGUUUCUCUGGAUAAAUCAACUCUAGUUACUCUUGGUGGAUGUCCUGCCGCUGCAAAAGAUCCAGAUGGUGUGUGUCAGUGGGGCCAUAUGGAAUCACCGACCUUAUACAUGGGUUUAUUAGGAUUGGUAAUCAUCUCUAUCUUAUUAAUGUAUCGUGUUCGUGGUGCUAUUCUGAUGGGGAUCCUCUUUAUUGCUAUUACUUCUUGGCCUCGUGUAAGCCAGGUGACCUAUUUCCCUUAUACUCCUGAAGGUGAUGCUAUGUUUGAUUAUUUCAAAAAGGUCGUAACAGUACAUCAUUUAAAUGGUGUUUUAGGCAAGUUUGACUUUAAUCUUACUGGAAAAGAUUUCUGGAUUGCUUUGAUUACUUUCUUGUAUGUGGAUAUUCUUGAUACAACAGGAACAAUGUAUUCUAUGGCUCGUUACGGUGGUUUUACCGAUAAGACGGGUGAUUUUGAACAUUCUACUCGUGCGUUCAUGGCUGAUGCUUUGAGUAUCAGUAUUGGAUCUUGUUUUGGAAGUUCUUCUUGUACAGCUUUUGUUGAAUCUGGUGCUGGUAUUGCUGAAGGCGGUCGUACAGGUAUUACAGCCAUUACGGUUGCAUUUGGAUUCUUUAUAUCUAUCUUCUUCUCUCCUAUCUUCGCCAGUUUCCCUCCUUGGUCUACAGGUCCGGCCUUGAUCAUUGUAGGUUCCAUGAUGACUUCAAGUAUUCGCAACAUCAAUUGGGAUUAUCCUGGUGAUGCCAUUCCAGCUUUCAUCACUUUGGCUGUCAUGCCUUUCACUUAUUCUAUUGCUUAUGGUGUGAUUGGUGGUAUCAUCUCCUAUAUUAUUAUUAAUGGUGUGGUCUUAUUGAUCGAUGUACUUAGUCGUGGUCGUAUCCAACCUGAUUAUAGUGCUAUGGAAAAUUGGUGGGUAGGUACCUUCUCUCGAUCAUUUGUUCCUCAUUGGAUCCGUUAUAUUGGUGGUAAGGUCAGUGGUAAUCCCAUUCCAUGGCAUGAGGAUGAAUAUGAAUUUGAAGACGACGAACAGCCUGAAAUGGAAAUGGCUCAUGAAGAACACAGUAUUCCAGAAGAUGCUACUACCCGUGAUACCUUCCCUCACCCUGAUUUUGAAGCCUAUGACAAACAAGAACUUCAUUAUUAGACAUAAUUUCUUUUAAUAUCUUUGGUUAUUAUUAUUAUUAUUAUUAUUAUUAUUUGUUGUU